AUGUUUCAAUGGUUUCCAGUGGAAGCAAGUUUACUUGCAGCAGUGAUUCUUAUUUCUUUCGCUUGUCCAAUCCAUGAACGAUCAUUAUCAUCAUUACCGUCGAGAUCAUUUUUAUUAUCUUCAAAUCUGUCAUUAUCAUCGUUAACAUCAUUAUUGUCAUCAUCGUCACCUUCUGGCAAUUACUUAUUUGAAGCGAAUGAAUUAUUUUCUGCUACUCGAUCUAUAGAAAAGAAAAAUUUAAUGCCGAUUCAUCAAAGUACCGAACACAAUAAUAGAUUUGACAGAUUAAGCAGCAGAUACAACCUUUCUAGUAAUACAGGGCAUAAAAAUACUCGAAAAAGAAGAAAUACUGAUCAAGAUUGCAAUUAUGGAUUGUGUUGCCUGAAAAGUAUAUAUUUUGAUUUCCAUGAACACGGUAUGGAUAAUAUUGUCAGGCCAUCAGGAUUCAAUAUGAAUUUCUGUGAGGGCGAAUGCAUUAUGCAAAUUGAAACUAACGAUCGUAAUGCUUUAAUUUUGCAAGAAAGAAAAAAUCAUCCAGAAGGUCCGCUUUGGCGAAGACUUUCUUGUUGCGUACCAAUUAGAUGGUCAUCAAUUGAGAUUGUGGAAAACAGAAAUGGUAUUGAAUUUAAUCGCAUAUUGGAAAAUGUCAAAGUGAUGGAAUGUGGCUGUGCAAUUUAG